UAGAUCAUUUCCAACACUCAACAAAGAAACCUUUGGAAAUAACUUUUCCUGAUCCAACAUCAAUACUAGAAAAAGAAACCCAAAAUGUCGAAGAAUCCUUUUCGACCUUUAAUCAGGCCUGUAAUUCUUCGCAGGCUGUGUGACAAACCGAAGUUGAGCAACAAACCAUCGAACACUCCUCAUCCACCAAAAGAUCCUCCGGAUGAGGGAUACGAGCCGUCCAGCGUGGAUCACGAUGCAAUGGAUGUGCCUGGCUUUGUGAAUCCCUCUACCUUUCGCCAGUUUUGUGGUCCCGAUGAGAAGUUGGGACCAGGAGCUGGGAAAGCCCUGGCCUACAAGAACCCCCAUUACUUUGGCUAUCAUCGAUUCUCGUUUAUGGAGCUAACUUGCACGUCUACGGAGCUGCGCGACGAACGUCGCUUGGAUGGGGGACUUCAGGCAUCGAUAGAAGCCGAUGAAGAAGCUGGAGAUGACGAGUCCCAACUGGAAACAAUGAAAAAACUGGAAGGCGAGUGUGACGAAAUUCUUGCAAUUCAGGCCAAGCAAAUUCAGGAGGCCAAGUCUAAGCCUAAGGACAAGAAUAUUGAGGACAUGAGCGAUGAGGAACUACAUGAGUGGUGCAAGAAAAAGGAAGAGGACAUCAAAAAGAAGGUACAGGGAAAGCAGGAUGCAGCGGAACCACAAAAGAAAAUCGAGGAUAUGACCGAAGAUGAGCUGAAAGCUUGGUGCCAGAAGAAAGAAGCUGCUAUGAAGGCAAAAGAGAAGGCAAAGUGUGAGGCAAAUGAAAAGAAAAAGAGCGAGGAGGCCAAGAAGAAGUACGAAGAGGAAGCAAAGAAGAAAAAGGCAGCGGAAUCUAAAAUGAAGAGCGAGGAAGUAGAGAAGAAGAAAUCUGAAGCAGCUAAUAAAAAAUGUGAAGAAGAGAAAAAGAAAAAAGAAGAAGAGGAAAAGAAGAAAAAGUGCGAGGAAGAAGACAAAAAGAAAAAGUGUGAAGAAGAAGAAUUGAAGAAAAAGUGCGAAGCGGAAGCACUAAAAAAAAAGUGUGAAGAGGAAGAACGAAAGAAAAAGUGUGAACAGGAAGCACUAAAAAAAAAGUGUGAAGAGGAAGAACGAAAGAAAAAGUGUGAACAGGAAGCACUAAAAAGAAAGUGUGAAGAGGAAGAACGAAAGAAAAAGUGUGAACAAGAAGCACUAAAGAAAAAGUGUGAUGAGGAAGAACGAAAGAAAAAGUGCAAACAGGAAGCACUAAAAAAAAAGUGUGAAGAGGAAGAACGAAAUAAAAAGUGUAAAGAGGAAGAACGUAAGAAAAUGUGUGAACAGGAAGCACUUAAGAGAAUGUGUAAGGAGGAACAAAAGGACGAUAAAUGCGGAGCAGGAGAAAGCACUGCUAAAUCAGAAGAGGAAGAGAACGUCUUACGCGUUUUCACGCAGUUUAAGAAAAAGUGUAUGGACGCCUUAGAACAGAAGGAAUGUGAGGAAAAGCAGAAGAGAGAAGCAGAAAAACAUCAAAAAUGUGAUACCGAUGAGAACAAAAAGGAUGACAAAUAGGAAAAGGAGAGAAGAAAUUGUCAUUCCUAGAAGUACAAACACCAAAAAUACACUAAAAAAUAAAUAAAAUUGUAAAAAUUUACUACAUCAACAACAAUCUUUGAGUUUUAGGACUUUGAUAAAGAUAUUGUAAUAAUACACAAAAAAUAAUAAUAAAAUGUAACUAAAAACUAAAAAAGAGUGCCUCUACUAUUCUUACAACUAUAAGCUUUAGCAAAGCUUUUUU